AUGGCGAGGAGAGUGGAGGGAAGGAAUAGUUUUAGGUGCAGAGACUUCUUUCUAUGUUCGCUACCAGUGGCAUUCAUCAUGGCGGCGUGUCUCUACCUUCUAGUUUCCUUGUCCAUCUUCGGCUUCUACACUCCUCAAAUCCCUUCUUCCUCUGAUAGUAAACAGAGUAACUUCUUCGACAAGAUGCUUGAUGCUCUCAAUGGUACUAUUACUACAUCGGAUUCGAAUCCUCUGAGCAUCGAAGCAAUCAGGAAGAAAGAACCUUCUUUGUCAUGGAGAGUAGAGGACGAAGUUGCUUCUUCUUCUGAGGAUCAAAUGGUUAAUAACUUUCCUCAUGAGACCUGGACAAGAGAAGGAGGAGACCAAGUGUUGAACGAUACACCAGAGAAGCUGUAUCAGAGGAGGAUGAGACAGGAAAGAAGAGAGAAACGUGCACAAGAGUUGAUGAAUCCUAAGAAUCUAGAAGAGCUUGAGAAGGCAGCAAUCGAACGUACCAGGACCGUUGAUUCUGUAGCAAUAGGAAACUUCAGCAUCUGGAGAAAUGAUUAUCACAAGAGCAAGAACUUUGAAGAUCUGUUGAGUCUGAGGCAAGAUCAAAUCAUUAUGGUGCGAGUUUACACUACACUAGCCAACAUGACUAACAAUCUCGCCUUGCACGAAGAGCUAGAAACACAACUAGCUAAGAUGGAGGAAGAAGAAGAAGAAGAAUCAAUUAGUAUUGAUCAAGAGCAGAGAGUUCUUGAAACCAUCAGAGAUAUGGGACAGCUUUUGGGUAGAGCAAGGCAGCAGCUAUAUGAUUGCAACUUGGUGACAAUUAAGCUGAGAGCAAUGCUACAAACAGCUGAAGAUGAACUCCUCUCAACACAAACUCAUACUACUUUCUUGAACCAGCUAGCUUCCAAAUCAAUACCAGACACUAUCCAUUGCUUGACCAUGCGCUUGAAUCUAGAGUACUCUCUCCUCCCUGCACCCAUGAGACAUUUCCCAAGAAUGGAGAAUUUAGAGAAUCCAAAUCUUUACCACUACACUCUCUUCUCUGAUAAUGUAUUGGCUGCAUCAGUUGUUGUCAACUCUACAGUCACUAAUGCACAGGAACCUUCACUGCAUGUUUUCCACCUUGUGACUGAUAAUCUCAACUUUGGAGCAAUGAGUAUGUGGUUUCUGAUAAACCCUCCCGGAGAUGCAACGGUUCACGUCCAAAGGUUUGAAGAUUUCGCUUGGCUGAACUCAUCUUACUCACCGGUUCUGAGACAGCUAGAGUCAGAAGCUAUGAAGAAGUUUUAUUUCAAGACGGAGAGAUCGGAGUCUGCUGAAUCAGGAGCAGAGAAUCUCAAGUACCGGUACCCUAAAUACCUCUCAAUGCUCAACCACUUGAGGUUCUACAUCCCCAAGAUCUUCCCAAAGCUGGAUAAGAUCCUGUUUCUUGACGAUGAUGUGGUUGUUCAGAAGGACUUAGCUCCCUUGUGGUCGGUGGAUCUCAAAGGGAAAGUGAAUGGUGCUGUAGAGACAUGUGGUGAAACUUUCCAUCGGUUAAAGGCUUACUUGAACUUCAGUGAUCACCACGUUUCUGAGAAGUUUGAUCCGGAGUACUGUGGAUGGGCUUAUGGGAUGAACAUCUUUGACCUUAAAGAGUGGAGGAAGCACAACAUCACAGAGACUUAUCACUUUUGGCAGAACCUGAAUGAGAACAGGACUCUAUGGAAACUUGGAACAUUGCCACCGGGGCUUAUAACGUUCUACAAUCUGACUCUACCGCUGCAGAAGAAAUGGCACUUACUUGGAUUGGGUUAUAACAGAGAGAUCGAUGUGAAGAAGAUUGAGAGAUCAGCAGUUAUACAUUUCAAUGGACACUCGAAGCCGUGGACAGAGCUUGGGAUAAGCAAGUAUCAGCCUUAUUGGACAAAGUACACCAAUUUGGAUCAUCCUUACAUCUCUAGUUGCAGGCUGUUCGAGUGA